AUGGAGCUGAAUAAGAGUUGGAUUAACAUAUCGAACAGGCUAGAUCCUCGAUACGAACAAGGAAUUCAGGAGUUCAUUCAGUUUGCCUAUAGACAUAAGUCUCCUGGGGCAAGCAUAUAUUGUUCGUGUAUUAAAUGUGUUAACAGAUAUUUUCAUAAACGAGAUGUUGUGGAGGAACACCUCAUUCUGAAUGGGUUUGACACUAAUUACAUAAUAUGGACGGUUCAUGGAGAGUUAUAUGUGCCUCGUCAUAUUCGAGAAGAAUUUCAAGAUCAGGAAUGUAAUAUUGGAGAUGAUAUGGUGGGAAUGAUACAUGAUGCACAUGAAGUUUCCAUAAACAAUGUUGGAAGUAGUGAAGAAGCUACGAGAUUUUAUGAAUUGUUGGAGAAGGCAGAAACAGAGUUAUGGCCUGGUUGUAAGAACUUCACGACAUUAUCGUUUAUUGUUCGUUUACAACACUUGAAGGUAUUGGGUGGGUUGUCGGAUAAAAUAUUUGAUAUGUUGCUUGAGUUGUUGAAUGAGGCAUUUCCAGAAGGAGUGUCAUUGCCACGAUCGUAUCGAGAGGCUAAGAAAUUGAGUGAGGAUUUAGGUUUUAAGUACUAUAAGUACGAUGCAUGCCCUAACAAUUGUAUGCUCUUUUGGAAAGAUGCAUCAAAGUUGGACAAAUGUACUUUUUGUGGGGAGUCAAGAUACAAAGAAUACGAGGUGCACGUAGACGACGAUAUAAUGAAGAUGAAAAAAGUCGCUUCUAAACAAGUACGACACUUUCCUUUGAUCUCGAGACUGCAAAUAUUGUUUAUGUCUAACAAAACAGCAUCGUUAAUGAGGUGGCAUGAAGAAGGUAGAACAAAGGAUGGUAUAAUGAGGCACCCUGCUGAUUCAUUGGCUUGCUAUAGCAUUUGGCCAGUUGUGUUAAUGCCAUAUAAUCUACCGCCUUGGUUGUGUAUGAAACAACCUUACUUCAUCUUAUCUUUAUUGAUUGAUGGACCUCGUGCACCAGGAGACAAUAUUGAUGUGUUUCUGCAAUCGUUGAUUCAAGAGUUACAAGAAUUAUGGAGCGAGGGGAUAGAAACUUAUGAUGCUUCAAGAAAAGAAAUGUUUCACAUGCAUGCAGCAUUGUUGUGGACGAUUAAUGAUUUUCCUGCGUAUGCUAAUUUAUCUGGAUGGAGUACUCGAGGAAGAGUUGCUUGUCCUUGUUGCAUGAAAGAGACGGAGUCCAAAUGGUUAAAACAUGGUGGUAAGUUUUGUUAUAUGGGUCACCGUAGAUUCUUGGAGGACAUGAGUCAUCAUUUUCGGUUAGACAAGAAGAAUUUUGAUGGAACCAUUGAGAACCGUGUUGCUCAUCCUCAGUUAUCUGGCCACGAUGUAUUCAAAGAUGUUGAAUUUGUUAAGAAGAUGUAUGGAAAUCGUGAGAAUUCUGGCACUAGUGUUGGGAGAGGAAUAGGUGGUUGGAAAAAACAUAGUAUAUUCUUUGAGCUUCCAUAUUGGCAAGACAAUUUGAUCCGACAUAAUCUCGACGUCAUGCACAUUGAGAAAAAUGUUUGUGACAACAUAAUUUGGACGUUAUUAAAUGUUUCAGGUAAAACAAAGGACAACUUGAAAGCACGUCUUGAUUUGAAAGAACUAGGGAUAAGAAAAAAGUUGCAUCCUGAAGAUUGUUUGGGUGGGAAGAAGUUCUUAUUGACAUUGAAAAAGUAUGUAAGGACUAGAAGUCAUCUAGAAGGAUCUAUUGCUGAAGGUUACUUGGCAGAAGAGUGUUUGACUUUUUGUGCAAGGACACACUUACAAUCCAUUAGAUUGGAAAGAAGAGGUGCUAGCAAUCGUGAAAUUACACAAAAACACCAUGAAAACUUCCCAUUAUGGUUUCAAAAACAUGUUUAUGAAUUGCAAGUAAGUGGUCACAAUGUACCCAAUGAAAUGAAAACAUUAGCUGCUGGGCCUCACUCAUGGGCAUGGAAGUAUUCUGGGUACAUCGUAAAUGGAUUCAAAUUCCACACGAGGCGUCGAGAAAGGAGAAGAAUGACUCAAAACAGUGGAGUAUUACUAACUGCAAAUACUGAAAGUUAUGCUAGUUCAAAAGAUAAACGUCCUAUCAGUGGUGAUGUUACCUUUUAUGGAGUCCUAACAGAUGUUGUUGAGAUACGAUACUCUAACGAAUUCAAAUUUGUUUUGUUUAAGUGUGAUUGGGUUGACAAUAACAGAGGGAUGAAAGUUGACAGUUUGAAUUUCAUAAUUUUAAAUUUUAAUUGUUUAAUGUAUCAAGAGAAUAAACCAACAGACGAACCUUUUAUACUUGCAAAUCAAGCAUCACAAGUGUGGUAUGUGACUGAUCCUCUUGAUGAAGAAUGGCACGUUGUCAUGAAGAUGACACCUAGAGAUUUGUAUAACAUGGGUAAAAGAAAUGUGGCAGGGAGCUGUGAUGAGGAAGAUGCUUUAAUUAGUAAUCAUGUUGAAAUCAACAAUGAUCGGUCCUUACAUGCAGAGUUAGGAGAAUCUGAUGAAGACUACUCUUCUGGAGAAUCUAAUGAGGAUGGUAUGCUAGUUGAUAUAUCAGAUGACGACGACAAUUCCAUUCCUUAUACUGUACAUAGUGAUGAUAAUGAUUUCUAA